AUAUUGCGGGUUCACAGAAAGGCAAGAAAAUCCUCCAAAAGGCGGUUUUCACAUCAAACCCCGUUUCUAUCUCUUUCCCUGUCUGUCAAGGAGAGUCAGUUCAUUUCUUCUCAGAAGAGUUAGGGUUUUGAAAUGUGGAGGGAGAAUGGCAAUCUCUGAAGCUAUCUCUCUUGUUCCCCCAGAUCCCGAAACCCCCAGCACCAGCCACGCUCAUUCCGACCAGGGCUUUCUGCCUUCUUCUCCCAAUCCCGCUCUCGCACCCUCUGGGGUCGAUCAUGCGGUCCUCGACGAGAAACUGGAUUUGAAAGAGGAGGGGGAGGACGAUGGAGAGCCUGAUGAGGUGCAGAAGCUGGAUUCAAUAGAGAAGGUUGAGGAGGAUGAAGCUGGUGAGUUGCAGAAGGUGGAUUUGAAGGCAGAGGAUGAAGCUGGUGAGUUGCAGAAGGUGGAUUUGAAGGCGGAGGAUGGAGCUGGUGAGUUGCAGAAGGUGGAAUUUUAUGAAGGCGUCGAAGUUCCCCUAAAUCCGACGUCUGUUCCGUCACCUGCGCUGUCCGAUCUCGUUGAUUGGAUUCGGACGCUCGACCCCGCCGUGCUCAAUAGGAUUAGGAAUCGCGACCCUGCCUUCCUUCAAGAGAUUCAGCAAUUCGACCCCACCGUUGAGAUUCGGAACUUGGCCCCUGCUUUCCCUUCGGAAUUUUCUGAAAGCGUAGACGUUCCUCAAAAUCCCCCUUCUGUUCCGUCUCCUGAGCCGUCCGUUGUUGAAAUCCUUGAUUGGAUUCGGACACUCGGCCCCGCCGUGCUCGAUGAGAUUCAGCAAUUCGACCCCGCCUUCCUCGAUGAGGAUCGGAGCUUCGAUCCUUCCAUCGUUGAUGGGAUUCGGAAAUUGAGUUUGAAGGAAAAGGAGGAAAAAGAAGAAGAGGAGAAGGAGAGAGAGACUGAAAAGGAAAAGGAAAAUGAGAAGGAGAGAGAGAACGAAAGCAGCAGCAGCAGCAGCAGCGGCAGCGGAGGAGGGAAUGAGAAUGGUGGUGAGGUGGAGAAGAAGGUUGUUGAGGAGAGUAGCAGAAGGAAUCAGUACCCAUUGAGGCCGGAAGCUGGAGACUGUUCGUACUAUCCGAAGACUGGCAAUUGUAAGUUCGGAUGGAAUUGCACGUUGAAUCACCCUCGGAGAAGGAAAAACAAGCAGGUGUCUAAGGACAAGGCAAAGCAGAGAGAAGAAUUGGAAAAGAAGCAAGACCAGACCGAAAGCAAGUAUUACAUCAGCCCAGGACGACGUAUAGCGGCACCUUCUGUAGCUCCAGCUCUGGAACUUAACUUUUCGGACUUGCCAAUUCGUCUGAUUGAUUUGAAGGUGUCUAAGGACAAGGCAAAGCAGAGGGAAGAGUUGGAAGAGAAGCAAGACCAGACUGAAAGCAAGUAUUAUAUAAGCCCAGGACGACGUAUAGGGGUACCUUCUGUAGCUCCAGCUCUCGAACUUAACUUUUCAGACUUGCCAAUUCGUCCGGUGUCUAAGGACAAGGCAAAGCAAAGGGAAGAGUUGGAAGAGUUGGAAGAGUUGGAAGAGAAGCAAGAGCAGACCGAAAGCAAGGUGUCUAAGGACAAGGCAAAGCAGAGGGAAGAGUUGGAAGAGAAGCAAGACCAGAGCGAAAGCAAGGUGUCUAAGGACAAGGCAAAGCAGAGAGAAGAAUUGGAAAAGAAGCAAGAGCAGACCGAAAGCAAGUAUUACAUUAGCCCAGGACGACGUAUAGGGGUACCUUCUGUAGCUCCAGCUCUGGAACUUAACUUUCCGGACUUGCCAAUUCGUCUGGUGUCUAAGGCCAAGGCAAAGCAGAGGGAAAAGUUGGAAGAGAAGCAAUUCCAGACCGAAAGCAAGGUGUCUAAGGACGAGGCAAAGCAGAGGGAAGGGUUGGAAGAUUUGGAAGAGAAGCAAGAUCAGACCGAAAGCAAGUAUUACAUUAGCCCAGGACGACGUAUAGGGGUACCAUCUGUAGCUCCAGCUCUCAAACUUAACUUUUCGGACUCCCCAAUUCGUCCGGUGUCUAAGGACAAGGCAAAGCAGAGGGAAGAGUUGGAAGAGAAGCAAGAACAGACCGAAAGCAAGGUGUCUAAGGUCAAGGCAAAGCAAAGGGAAGAGUUGGAAGAGAAGCAAGACCAGACCGAAAGAAAGGUGUCAAAGGACAAGGCAAAGCAGAGGGAAGAGUUGGAAGAGUUGGAAGAGAAGCAAGAGCAGACCGAAAGCAAGGUGUCUAAGGACAAGGCAAAGCAGAGGGAAGAGUUGGAAGAGUUGAAAGAGAAGCAAGACCAGACUGAAAGCAAGUAUUACAUCAGCCCAGGACGACGUAUAGGGGUACCUUCUGUAGCUGCAGCUCUGGAAUUUAACUUUUUGGGCCUGCCAAUUCGUCCGGGGGAGAAAGAUUGUUCCUACUAUAUGCAAACUGCGUCCUGCAAGUACGAAACAAACUGCAAGUUUAACCACCCUGAUCCUACAGCUGCCGGAGAAUCUCGUCCGCAAUCUGCGUAUGGUAAUGGUAGGGCUGCAUCAUUACAAGGUCUUCCAAAUUCUCAAGGGAUUAAUUCUGAAGCUACGGAAUGGAAUGGUUAUCAGGCUCCAGCACAUCUACCACAUAGAAGCAUGCCAGCACCUCCACCAUCUGUUCAUAGAAGCAUGCCGGCACCUGCACCUCCACCAUAUGUUAUGAACAACUCGGUGACCGAAACCAACUACUGCGGACAAUAUGCACAGCAGACGCAAGCUGAAGAAUUUCCAGAACGACCUGGUCAACCUGUUUGCUUCUAUUUCACUCAAACAGGGGAUUGUGUUAAUAAAUCUAAUUGCCAAUAUCACCAUCCAAAAAAUCAGACUGCAGCGACCCCCUCAUGUGCACCCAGUGACAGGGGCCUCCCCUUAAGACCAGGUCAGAACAUUUGCACAGAGUACAGCCGCUUUGGCGUUUGCAGUUCUGGGCCAACCUGUAUAUUUGACCAUCCGUCAUUAUCGGAUUCCUUUCUGUGACUCGGAAACUGCAAAUGGGGUACGGUCAUCUGGAAGUAGAAGUGGAACUGAUGGCAACAGCCUGAGUAAUGCGUUUUGCACGAAAUGCCAACUAGAGCAGUGGAUUCUUGUCGCCAAGGACGUGAAAUCGCUUUGUUAUUGAGUCUUGGAAAUGUAUCAAACCUUCUCCCCUAGCUGCCACCGGCUUUUCAGAUGUGAGAACUUAGUGGAAGCCGGAAAUAUAAAUAUUUCGUGUUUGAUGUAAUCUUACCUAGAAAAUACAAGAUAAUUUCGGGGAGUAUCCUCUCAGCUUUGCUUUGUGGUUAUGGUCAGUUCCCAAUUAUCUUCGAUUUGUUUGUUGGAAGCCGGAAAUGUUUCGUGUUUGAUGUAAUUUUACUGGAAAAUAUGAGUUGAAUUCAUUGAGUAUCCUCUCAA